AUGUCGGCAAUGGAUGUCAUGUCCUCAUCACCAGUUCCCUCACAGCUGUUGACGACCAUUGGGACGGCCAACACGACAGCCAUGUCCGGGAACAGUACCAUAAGGGAUGAGAACCUGGCGCUGGUAGAAGUGGCCACUUUGGGCACACUAUUCGUGUUAAUUGUUUUCGGCAACUGUUGUGUACUCUUAGCGCUGGCAUUACGGCCGCUGAAGAUGACGCGAAUGUACUACUAUUUACUGCACCUCUGUAUCAGUGAUCUCAUCACCGGCUUCUUCACGGUACUGCCCCAACUGGCCUGGGAUAUCACCUACCGGUUCAAUGGGGGCAACGUUCUGUGCAAAGCGGUCAAGUGCAUGCAAAUCCUGGGGCCGUACCUGUCGUCGUACGUGCUCGUGGUGACGGCCAUCGACAGGUACCAGGCCAUAUGCUUCCCGCUGUCCAACUGCAGUUGGACCCCCAGGCGCUCCAAGCUGAUGAUAGCGUGUGCCUGGCUCAUCUCCAUCAUCUGCAGCCUCCCGCAGGCGUUCAUCUUCUCGUACCAGGAGAUCCCGUAUAUGGUCGGUGUGUAUGACUGUUGGGGUACAUUCCCGCAGCCCUUUGGUGAACGCAUUUACGUCACGUGGUAUGCCGUCAGCGUCUUCUUCAUACCGUUGAUUGUAUUGAUUUUCACGCAUUUCUAUAUCUGUCGCGAGAUAUGGGUUAACGUAAGCCUUAAACGCAAAACCGAUAAAAACCGAGAGAAACAGUUCAAUGAUUACAAUCACAGCAAACAAGGCGAUAGUAAUUCACACAAUAAUUACAAUAAAAGCGCGGAGACCUCCCAGGAUCACGACCAGGCUAACAGACCCAAACACUGUGUCAUCACAUUCAAGGAGUCCAUUCACAGCUCCAGUCCCAGAGUUAAUACUGUGAACCGACUGUCCAGAGCUAAGAUCAAGACCGUUAAGAUCACUGUCGUUGUCAUCCUAUGUUAUAUCAUAUGCUCCUCGCCUUUCAUUUUUGUCCAGUUGUGGGCCUAUUGGGUGCCCAGCGCUCAGAACUCUGCUUUUUGGACAGCCCGGGCUAUUGGCCCGGCCUAUAGUCCUAUUCCUAUAACGACUUUAAUGAAUCUCAUUCUCAAUAAA